AAAGGUGCCUUGAGGUGCUGCAUAUAAUUGAGGGGGGGGGUGCUAGUGAGGCGUGUACGUGCUGAUCUGGAGUCAGUUUGGUAGGAUUUGGGUAUAAAUAUAUUAUUUCAUUUAAAAUAUGGAUUUUUAUUUAAAGAUAUUCAUGUAAUUUGCAUGCAAAAUAGGUCUACCCGAACCAGCGGACAAAAAAUUCAACCAGCGGCAAAAACCGCGGACCUGGCAACACUGGAAGUGGCUGUCAAUCACAGUGUGGCACCGUGCGUGCUGGUCGAGGGGGCGUGCCUGUGAUUGGCGGAGUAGAGGGGAGGCGUGCCUGUGAUUGGCGGAGUAGAGGGGAGGCGGGGUUAACCUGUCGGAAAACGGAAGUUACGGGUGGUUGACGGGUACCGUUGUUGUUGAUGUUCGAGCUGCUGAGCUGAGAGGAGCACGCUGUCUGUGUUGGUGGAUGCCCAAUAAAGGGAGGAAUAAUAACGUCGUCCCGUCUCCGUGUCAUCAGUGACAUAACGUCCGAGACGUUACAAUAUCAUUGCGCCACCAAGGUCCUGCGAUGUCAGAUCAGAAGCAGCUAAAGUAGCCUAGCUUGUCUUCUUGUCUGCAAGUGUUCAUUUUUCACAAAAGAGAGUAACGCGAGUAACGAACUCAUUUAAAUUUCAGUAACUGUAACUGCGUUAGUUGAUUUAAAAAAUACUUCGUUACACGCUCGUUACCGCUAAAAGUAGUGGAAUUACAGUAACGCGUUACUCCCAACACUGGUUAUCACUGAUUAGACACGCACAGGUCAACCUCCGGCAAAGCUAUGCUGGGAGGUAUUCAAGGUCCCCAAUAUCUCUGCACUUCUAAUAAUGAUAAUUCAUGACUUGUCUAGCUCUAACACAUGCAAUGAAAUGAACAAUUGACUCAGUCUGUAAUUAUUGAUACAUUGAUUUGUGGAUAAGUGUGUGCGAGUGUUUUUAAAAAAUGUGGUUUUGCUACUUUUACUUUAUUAUGUGUAAAUAUUCCAAACAGAGUAAAGAUUAGGCUACAUGUAAUCAAGUAUUGCACUGUUGAUACUUGUACUUUAUCUGUGUAUUUCCAUUUUAAUGUUACGUCAACUUGACAGCAUUUUCAAUUAAUGUGCUCCGAUCGUACACAUAGGCUAUGUCUCUAUGAAGAUCUCUAUGAUGCUCUUGCAAUCAAUUGCAUGUAGAAUACUAUCAAUGUGAGAUCCGUGACUCAUUGUCCCUCCUUUCUUUUAUGUAUUCCUUGUCUCCAACUCCACGGACUGUACCUUUAAAUCAUGCACUGCCGGGGGGCGGGGCGGGAUGGGAUUCAAACAUGUAGCUCCGCCCCUGCUGCUCGAUAUCGCGGAAAACAGGAACUAAACAUCAGCAAAAACAAAAUGGGAGCGACGUUGGACACCCCGGCGAGGUGUCCUCUGUGCAACGAGCUGACCCUGGAGCCCGUCAUCCUAAAAUGUAACCACCGGUUCUGCGAACGGUGUAUCGGGGACUUGUGGAGCAUUUCCCCGACCGGCCCGUACCACUGUCCGGAGUGGAGGUGUCAAACGGUGUACCAGACCCUGCCGUUUGACAGCAAACGGUCGUCCGCCAGCAGCCGCUGGGCUCAGCCUCCAGACACGGCAGGAACGUCGGGAAAAGAUAAACAAAAUACAUUUGAUUCCACGUCGCAGAGGCCUUCCCUCUCCAGCCGACUUCUCGGCAAGAGAAAAGCCAGCACAUCUAUUUCGGAGCAACCUGACACGAAACGAUCAACUGGAGAGUCUCCCCGUGAGCAGCUCGAUGAUACCGGGACUCCUACCUCGUCGGAUGAACCCUGGCAGUCGACAAGUGUUCAGACGUCCAAGAAGGCAUGGCCCCCAGGAUCCACAAUGUCUGAGGGUGGGGAUGGCCUGUCCUCCAUGGACAACUCUGACAGCAAGGCAGUGCCUGCAAGUGAUGUGCCACCAGACAUCUCAAUGCAGCCGAACCAGCCUCAAUCAGCAGAAAUGAUCUCCGUGGAUGACUCUGACACAUCCAACGAAGUAGAUAUUUGUGAUGCACUUGCUCCUGCAACUCCAAAGAAAGACACACAAGUGACAGGAAUUCAUGCAUCGCCAAUGAAACCUGCCACAUCUGCCAACUCUGAUUCCUUUACUGGAGUUUUAACUCCUGAUAAAAGUAAGUCUCCUGUACAUCAUGGCAGCGAGUCUCCCCUCAUAUCCACCAAGCACUCUGCCGAUGCCCCAAGAUUUCCAAGUCGUGUUGGCAUCUUCCCGGGGUUAGAGAACAAAAAUGCCAGCCCUGUUCCUUGCCAUUAUUGCCCUAAUACUAGGUGUCAGUUCGCUGUCAAGACCUGUCUGGUGUGCGGCGCUUCCAUGUGUAAAGAGCACCUGCUUCCCCACCUGGAAUCCCCUGUCUUCCAGAAUCAUACCUUGGUUCCUCCCAUAGAGGAUUUCUCUCCCUGGAGGUGCCAGGAGCACCAGGAAAUAAACCGCAUCUACUGUCGGCAGUGUGGAGUGUGUGUGUGUACGGUGUGCACUGUCAUUGGCUCGCACCGCGACCACACCUGCAUCAGCAUCAGGGAGGCAGAGAGAGAGCUCAGGGUGAACCUAAAAGAAGAAAUCAAGCAACUGCAGGAGACUGAACAGGAAGUGAAGAACAGGGUGACUGAACUCACACAGAAGAAACAGACCUUCAAUGUGGCUUUAAGCGACGCUCGAGCAGGCGUGCAGCAGCAGUACAACACCAUCAGAGAGGCCCUGGAGCACGAGGAGCAAUCAGCUCUUCAGUGUGUGACCAAGGAGGAAAAGAGAGUUCUUGGGGGACUAGAGGAGAAACUCAGCCUCCUCCGGAGCUCCCUGCAGUCCAUCCAGCAGGGUCUCCACACCCUGGAGGGGUUGGCUGAUGCCAAAGGGGACAAACGCAUUCAGAACCAGGUCUUCAUUAUGGAAUACAACAAGGUAGCCCAACUGACUAGUAACGUAGGGAGCUGUGUGGACGACUUCAAGGCUCCAGAGGAAGUGGAUCGGGCCCGGCUGAAAUGUCUGCAGAGUUGGACUGAGCGACGUCUGGACACGGUCAUCAUCACUGUGCCAGGCAAACACAGGGACCUCUACCGACUGCUCUAUGGUACAGCCCCCCUAUUGGAUGCAGAUACUGCCCAUCCCAAGCUGCAGCUGUCUGAUAACAACAGGAGGGUGACCUACAGCGAAGCUCAGCAGGCCUACACGGAUCACGACGCUCGAUUCAGCUCUUUCCCACAGGUCCUGGCCUCCCGUUCCCUGGAGGAGGGCUGCUGGUACUGGGAGGUCAAUGUGUCCGUGGACGAGGGCCGUUGGAAGGUGGGGCUGUGUGAGGGUCAGAUAGAGAGGAAAGGCCAGAAGGACAACUCUCGCCUGGGCUUCAACUCGUAUUCCUGGUGCCUGGCCUAUGACAGAAAGAAGGUGGAAGCUCUGCAUAACAAGGUGGCGGUUCCUCUGGAUGGCGACGGGCUGCAGAGGGUCGGAGUGUUCCUCGACUUUGAGGAGGGCAUUUUGUCAUUCUUCAAUGUGACACCAGGGGGCAGUCUAGCUUUAAUGCAUUCCUACAAGCACAGUUUUACUGGCCCUCUGUACCCAGCCUUGUCUGUGUCUAAAACACACCUGGCCAUCUGUGAUCUGUUUGAGCCGUGAACCAUGCAUCGCUCGCAUGUCAGUUGUGAUGGAAAUGUACAGAAUACAUGAAAGUGCUCUGCUUUUUUAGAUGUGAAAACCAUUUAAUCAUUACAAAAUGUGUUAAUAUGUGCAUUUCUCGGGGAUGCUAGUUAAAAAACUACAUAUAUUGCUCUACCUUUUACUAAAUGUGAUUUUUAUAUCCUGAUAGUACUGGACCACACAAUACGUUCCUCUCAUUACACACGAUACAUGUAGCAUUCCAAACAGUAGCAGCAUAUCCUUUCUUUCUCCCAUGAUUUUAAAAUUUCAUUUAAGAUUGUCAUAGUACAAAUGAGUUGCUUUUUAAAUGAGAUGGACAUUUACACGGCUAAACAAUAAAAACAUAAUCGAUAAUGUUUCCAUUUUUAAAUUGUUUUUACAGUAAUAAAGGUCAAAGUUUCAAAAGCAAAGUAAAA